GAGUUUCUUGGCCUCAUCGCAGGUGGCUUCCCAAAGGCCCCACAGUCCUCCACUUCCUGGGGAGGCAGCAGGCGAAUAAAGCCAGCGGAGACUCUUUUCCUCUUCAUCGUCCCGGCCACCACUGCUUCAGCCUCUGCCUCCCAGCCUCUUUCUGAGGGGAAGGACAAAAUGAAGUGGAAUGCCCUUGUCACUGCGAUGAUCCUGCAGGCACAGCUCCCGACUACAGAGGCACAGAGCUUCGGCCUGCUGGAUCCCAAACUCUGCUACCUGCUGGAUGGAAUCCUCUUCAUCUAUGGUGUCAUUGUUACUGCCCUGUUCCUGAGAGUGAAGUUCAGCAGGAGCGCAGACGCCCCCGUGUACCAGCAGGGCCAGAACCAACUCUAUAACGAGCUCAACCUAGGACGAAGAGAGGAGUACGAUAUUUUGGACAAGAGACGGGGCCGGGACCCUGAGAUGGGGGGAAAGCAGAGAAGGAAGAACCCUCAGGAAGGGCUGUACAAUGCACUGCAGAAAGAUAAGAUGGCAGAGGCCUACAGUGAGAUCGGGAUGAAAGGGGAGAACCAGCGCCGGAGGGGCAAGGGGCACGAUGGCCUUUACCAGGGACUCAGUACGGCCACCAAGGACACCUACGACGCCCUUCACAUGCAGGCCCUGCCCCCUCGCUAACAGCCAGGGUAUUUCACCAGUGAAAGGCAGGACCUGCAGAUACCCAGAUUGAGACACAGGAUAAAGCAUUUACAACCCGGUUCACUCAUCUCAGCCACGAAAAGUAUUCCCCUUCAUGUACAGGAUGCUUUGGUCAUAUUCAGCUCCAAAACAUCACAGACUGCUGUCCUCGCACUCUUUAAGGGAGCGUGCCCCCCAGGGCUCACGGCCCUGGCCUUGGGCCCUCUGAUUUUCCAGUGGUGCAGGCAGACCAGUCUCCUGGCAGCUACGUGAUCUCCCUGGGAGGUGGGUAUGCUGUCUCGCAGCUGAGCUGUCUGUUUUGUAAAAUCCCCAGAGAAACUGCAGAUGCUAGCACUUGCCCGAAUGUCUGUAUCACUCUAUCAAUGUUUGAGUGGCUUCACCCCUGCUGUAAAUUUGGCUUGUUAUCACCUUCACCUCCUUUCAAGGUAACUGUACUGGGCCAUGUUGCACCUCCCUCCCUGGUGAGAGGGCCGGGCAGUGGGGCGGACAGGAAUGGAGCCUAGGUCAGGUGCAGCCAGGGAGCUGCAGGGGCCUGGGAAGGUGGGCAGGCAGGGUGGUGGGGUCUCCCUGCCUGAGGCCUCUGUCCUGCAACAUUGAACUGCCACGUGCUAUGGGGGCUGGAAGAUGAACAAGAAUGCCCUUGAUGAGCUGUGCACAAAGUGGUAUAAAGAACAGUGUGGUUCCAGGGUGUGAACAAAGUGCCUGGGAGCAAGAGAAGGCCCUUGAUUCGCCUCAGGCUUUCAGCAAAUGACAAAACCAUCAUCAUGAAGGCCUCGCAGGAAGACCCAGCACCAUGGGACCUGUAACUGCCCAGCAGACAGUGGCAGGCCAGGAAAACCCCAGUCAAUGUACUGGAACACUGCUGUGUCAUUACAGGGCACAGGCCAUGGAUGAAAAACGCUCUCUGCUCUGCCUUUUUUCUACUGUUUUAAUUUAUACUGGCAUGCUAAAGCCUUCCUAUCUUGCAUAAUAAAUGCUUCAGUGAAAAUGCA